CAUCUCGCCUGCCCUUUCAGACCGCUGGUCCCAUGAUCUGACAGCUGGUCCCAUAAUCUUAACAGGGAAGGAAAGCAUCACAACCCAAAGGAGUCCCAGCACAUCAGGCAGAGAGAAGCUAGCUCCAGGAACAAGCACUCACCUGACUUGUGAGAGACAGAAAGGUGUGGCCAGCUCCUGGGUGCUUGCCAUGACACUCUUCACACACCUGACACCUCUUGAGGAGAAUCCCAGCCGCUGGUGAUAGUGUCCCCAGCCAGAGCACACCUUGCUUGGCAGGCAGGUGGCAUCCAUGCAGGUGGCAGAGCCCAGAGCUGGCUGAUCCUGCUCUCCAGCCUACCUGGGCAGAGGGACAUCGAGCCUUGCAAGGACGGCCAGAGUGAGACCAAGAUGAUGCUCAGGAAGUCUCUCCCCAGACUUCUCUGCCUCGGGCUGACUCUCAUCACUGUUGCCAAUCUCCUGGUGUUUUACAGCACAGGGAUAUUCCAAAACCUGGUCUUGGGUGAUCUCCAGAAAGGCCUUCCUUUGCCCCUGACCGAGUGGAGCUGGGCAGUGGGAAAGAGAUUCUCUCACUUGGAGGAGGACUUGCAGAACCCAAAAGAAAGUAUGAAAUUGACUAUAAAGCAGCAAGAAAAUAAAGACAACCUAUUAAAGAGGGUGAUGCAUGAAAACCAUCCUAAUCAGAAGGUAAUGGGAGCCGGCACAAGUCAGACAAAGGAGAACAAUUACAAAGAGAAACUCUUCCCAGACUCAAGGCUUUUCAGGAAGUGGGGUGACCAUCUUUCUGAGGACCAGCAGAAAAAGGCUGAGGGACUCUUCCAGAAGUUUGGUUACAAUGUUUACCUCAGUGACCAACUGCCCCUCAAUCGUACCAUCCCAGACAUGAGAGAUUCCAGAUGCCUUCAAAAAAGAUACCCCUCUCAACUCCCAUCCCUCGGCGUCAUUCUUAUAUUCAUGAACGAAGCUCUGUCCGUCAUACAGCGCGCCAUCACCAGCAUCAUUAACCGGACUCCCUCUCAGCUGUUGAAAGAGAUCAUCUUGGUGGAUGACUUUAGCUCAAAUGAAUUUCUAUCGGUGUUCGUUUGGUUGGCAGGAGAACUAAAAGCAAUAUUGGAUGAAAAAAUUAAGCUUUACAACCAGAAGUACCCAGGUCUACUGAGAAUAGUACGACACACACAGAGAAAAGGUCUUGCUCAGGCACGCAACACCGGCAGAGAAGUCGCCACGGCUGAUGUGGUCGCCAUCUUGGAUGCUCAUAUAGAAGUAAAUGUUGGGUGGGCAGAACCAAUCUUGGCUAGGAUUCAGGAAGACCGCACUGUGAUUGUGUCUCCCGUGUUUGACAACAUUAGAUUUGACACCUUCCAGUUUUAUAAGUAUAAUUUGGGAGUUGAUGGAUUUAACUGGGAGCUAUGGUGCCGUUAUGAUUCACUGCCAAAGGCCUGGAUUGAUCUACGAGAUGUCACUGCUCCAGUGAAGAGUCCUUCCAUCAUGGGUAUCUUGGCUGCCAACCGGCUCUUCUUGGGUGAGAUCGGAUCACUGGAUGGUGGGAUGCUGGUCUAUGGAGGAGAGAACGUGGAACUUGGUUUGAGGGGGACCCAGCCUGCCCAGAUGUUCCCUUCUCUCACUCCCUUGCAGGUGUGGCUGUGUGGAGGGAGAAUUGAGAUCCUGCCUUGCUCUCGAGUUGCCCACCUAGAAAGACACCACAAACCUUAUGCCUUGAAUCUAAGUAUGACCUUGAGGCGCAAUGCCGUGCGGGUGGCAGAGAUCUGGAUGGAUGAACACAAGAGUAUGGUGUACUUGGCUUGGAAUUUACCUCUCCAGAAUUCUGGAAUCAAUUAUGGAAACAUUUCAUCCCGAGUGGCACUCCGCAAGAACCUGAAAUGCAAAACAUUUGACUGGUAUCUGGAAAACAUCUAUCCCAGGUUGAAGCCUAUCCACAGCAUUGUGGGCUAUGGAAGGAUGAAAAACCCACUGGAUGAAAAUGUCUGUCUGGAUCAGGGGCCUGUCCCAGGAUACAGCCCUAUACUGCAUUACUGUCAUAGUUACAGAUCGCAGAAUGUCUACUACCACCUGACCGGGGAGUUUUAUGUGGGACCACUGAUUUCAGAGAGAACCAUUGAUGACCACUGUUUGACAGACCCUGGGCUAGGGAAGAACCCCACCUUAGAGCCAUGUUCCAAGGCAGCCAGAAAGAAAAAGCACAUAUAUUGGGAUUUCAAACCAGGAGGAGCCGUCAUCAACAGAGACACCAGCCGAUGUCUGGAGAUCACAAAAGACAACAAAGGUUUCUCCACACUUGUCCUCCGGGCCUGCACUGUGCAAGUGUGGACCAUACAACAUACUGUUGGGAACUGGGGUGCAAGGGACACUUAGUAAUCCUCAAUCAGCCUGGAAUUCAACAUCAAGUGGGAGAGGGUGAGAGGAACAAGGUGUGUGUUUGUGUCUGUGUUUUCUGUGACAUCAGCCUCCCACGCACACACAUGGGAGGGGAGCCAGUGGCCUGGCUGAACAGGCCACUGUGGGAACCUUGAUGCUCCAGCUCCUGGAGCUCCUUGGAACAGCCUGAUAGACAUCACACACCAUUUGUGGAAACUCUAGAAGUGACCAUCAUCACCUGGCUCUCACAUAGGGAGAGAACUGGAGGGUGGAGGUUUGUCAUUGAAAUCUGUCAAUCUGUCCUCAUUCUUGGCAA